AUGCAUCCCUUUGCACCACUAAUCGCUGAAGAAUUCACCCUUGGAAGUCGCCUGAUACGCGAUUCUCAAAGGGAACUGUUUGAAAAUGGGGCCAAAUUCAACUCAAUCACUUUGAAGGAACCUAACAAACGAGCUUAUCUGGAAUGGAGAGACUCUGCUGGCUCAACGCCGCCCAGAAUGGCCGAGAUCGUGCUGACUUGUAAAGGAGCUACAUAUCAUGCUAUAGCUCAAUUGGCACCAGAGCAACGAUGUAUGAGUUUUGUAAAGGUCGAGGGUAUGCUGCAAGCGUCUAUAGCUCCCGAAGAAUACGUUUUAGCAGAACAGUUGAGUGCUUUCCAACUUCAACGUCGCAGAAGUGUUGUUAAAUCGUUUGCAAAACAUAGAAUCGCUCUGAAAGAUCCUGAAAUCUUGAAGAUUGUACACGACAAGGGACUGAACAUUUCCCAAGUGUUUGCGGACGGCUGGACCAUUGGCGGACACCGAGAAAAGUACAAUGGGAAAAGAGUCGUCCAACUCUUUACGUACUACUCUCGAACGGGUCACGAAGAUGAAAACUUUUACGCUCAUCCUUUGGACUUUUGGCCGGUAGUUGACGUUCAAGAGAAGAAGGUCGUAGAGAUACAAUGGCUGCCCGAGGCAAUGGUCCAACCACAACCGGUCUUGGCUACCAGAUCAGCCGAAUAUGCAGCUAGCCUAAUGCCGUCCUUCAACGCAUCACUCAAACCAAUUCAUAUUACUCAACCUGAGGGGCCUUCGUUUGUCGUGGAUGGACAUUCGAUCUCCUGGUAUAAGUUCAAGUUCAACUUCUCAUUCAACUUUAGAGAAGGGCUUGCGUUUCAUGAUAUCCGGUGGCACGAGAAUGAUAGCGAUAAGGCAGGAAGACGGAUUUUAUAUCGCGCAUCUAUUGCUGAAAUGGUGGUGCCCUAUGGCGAUCCUCGUGGCCCUUAUCAUACUAAGAAUGCCUUUGACGCUGGUGAAGACGGUCUAGGCAAUGGCGCUACGUCUCUGACAUUAGGAUGUGACUGCCUCGGCGAAAUUGUCUAUGCCGAUGGCAUCUUGAACGAUAUGGAAGGGCAACCGCUGUUAAUGAAGAAUGUGAUAUGUAUACACGAGGAAGAUCAAGGUAUCUUAUGGAAGCAUACCAACUACCGAACUCAAAAGGGCGAGACCAGAAGGAAUCGACGACUGGUUGUAAGCUCAUUUACUACCAUCUCGAAUUACGAUUAUGGAUUCUAUUGGUACUUUUACUUGGACGGAACGAUUCAAUGCGAGAUCAAGGCUACCGGAUGCCUCUCCAUUGUCCCUAUGACUCCCGGAAGCAGAUCCGCAAACGGGAUCCCGCUACACGAUAUAUUCACAGGUCAUCAUCAACACAUCUUCUGUGCCAGACUGGACUGGAGUGUAGACGGAGAUGUGAACUGUCUAUCAGAAGUAGAAGCGGUUCCAAUGGGACGAGUGGCAGAAAAUCCAUUUGGCAAUGGAUUUGUAGGUCUUGAAGCGCCUCUCAAGACAGAGUUAGCCGCGAAACGAGAUGCUGCUAUUGGGACUGGUCGUGCUUGGAAGAUUUAUAAUCCAUCAAAGAAGAAUCCUCUGAGUGGGCAUCCUGUGGCUUGGAAACUCAUUCCAACACACCCCAUCACACUGAUGUGCACGCCAGAGUCAGAAAUCGCUCGGCGAGCAGCUUUCACAACGUCUACGCUAUGGGCAACUCCAUUCAACGAACAAGAACGAUUCCCAACGGGCGAAUACCCUAAUCAAAACCCGGGAGGAAAGGACGGUAUCCAGGUCUGGACGAAGCGAGAUGCUUCACUGGAAAACACUAACAUCGUCAUCUGGCAUACCUUCGGGCUAGUCCACCUCCCGAAACCUGAAGACUGGCCAAUAAUGCCAGUCGAGUUGUGUGGUUUUACAGUCAAACCUCAUGGCUUCUUCUCUGGCACUCCAACUCUUGAUAUUCCUCCCACUCAUCUGAAACACUGCAAACUCUGA